GGUUAGGUACUUCUGAUGAUAGUUAAUACCCGUGGUUUAUACUAUCAAUUACCAUUUAUCAUUGUUUAAUUUGAAUUAUGGGCCUUUAUGGAUUCAACUAUAUACUACACUACUACACUCUAUAAAAAUUGUACAAGUGUGAAGGGUACAUAAUGUAGUAAAUUACAGCUGCCCUUUAAUUAUCUACACUAUAAAACCUGUAAGUUCGUWGUCCGUAUACUCCAGUCUUCAAUUCUUAAUACUCAUCUUUGCUAAUAAUCAGUCAAUCAGUGAUACCUGAGAUUUCUCAAUAUUUACAUUUUACAAAAAUGGAUUCCAAAUCAAAAAAAUAUGAAAUAAUUGAAUUUUUGGGCGAAGGACAGUUUGCCACAGUAUAUAAAGCUAAGGAUUCAGUUACCGACAAAAUUGUUGCUGUUAAAAAGAUUAAACUUGGUACUGCAGAAGACGCCAAGGAUGGUGUUAAUCGUACAGCUCUCAGAGAAAUAAAACUUCUUAUUGAACUUUAUCAUGAAAAUAUCAUUGCUUUGUUUGAUGUUUUUGGUCAUUUGUCAAAUAUUUCUUUGGUGUAUGACUUCAUGGACACAGAUCUUGAAGUCAUUAUUAAAGAUUCAUCAAUUGUAUUCACUCAGUCCCACAUUAAAGCUUAUACAAUAAUGACACUUAAAGGAUUGGAAUAUUUACAUAUGAAUUGGAUUUUACAUAGAGAUUUAAAACCAAACAAUUUAUUAGUGAAUAAAAAAGGUAUAUUAAAAAUUGCUGAUUUUGGAUUAGCCAAACGAUUUGGAACACCAGAUCGCUUACAUACACAUAGGGUAGUCACUAGAUUUUAUAGAGCACCAGAACUGCUAUUUGGUGCGCGAGCAUAUGGACCGGCUGUUGACAUUUGGGCAGUUGGCUGUAUAGUAGCAGAACUUUUACUUAGAGUUCCAUUUUUACCUGGUGAAUCUGAUUUAGACCAGUUAACCAAAAUAUUUACCACCCUAGGAUCACCAAAUGAAGAGACUUGGCCGGGUGUUGCUAAAUUAUCUGAUUAUGUGGUAUUCAAAAAAUUUCCGGCAAUUCCUUUAAGAGAAAUAUUCACAGCAGCUCCAAAUGAAUUACUAGAUGUAAUUGGUGGUAUGCUUAAUGUGAAUCCCUUGACAAGACCUACAAGUUCUGAAGCAUUGCAAAUGCCAUACUUUAGUAAUCGACCACCACCUUCUUUAGGUAGUCAACUACCAUUACCAUCCUGUAUCAGAGAUAGUAAUMCAGAAGAUCAGGACCAGGAUGCUAAAGGACAAAAAAGGAAAUUCACUGAUUAUUCAGAAGGAGGAACACAACCAAAACGUUUAGUCUUUGAUAACUUUGCWUGAGUAUGUUAGGCAUACCAACAAAAAAUAAUUUCUUACAUUUAAGUUUUAUACUAUAUUUUUGUACACAUUAAAAUUAAUUUAAAUAUCAUCA